GCACAUCUUGCUCAAGGCCAUGAAAGACGAGACCAAGCUUUGGGUCUCAUCGGGUGCAAAAAAAUUAGGAACCAUUAUACCUGCAGAGUAGUUCCUUGCUUUCUAUGGGUGGGCCUCACGGCCUUGUAAUACAAACUCUAUUCAUUACUUAAUUAUUAAUACUGUAGAUGAGGCAGAGCUUUUGCCUUCAUUUAAAAGAAACGGAUACAUCCAAUGCUUCAGGACAUGAAGAAAGUCUAGAUUUAGCAAAAGGAUUCUCAAACUCAUAUGUCGGAAAGGAGGAACCCCGAUAGAUACAAACUACCAUUUUUAAAACUCAUAUAGGUGGACAAACUUGUUUUACAUUACUAGUAUAUCACAGGCUCUCCAUCUAGUCAUUCAUCUUGGUCGUGGAAUACGUGUACGUAUGCUCACUCACUAACUAGUACAGUAUAUUAGACAAGCUUAUAUAGUGAGUAAGCUGAGGCAGAUAGCUAGGUAGCAAAAGUGUACAAUGGCUUUAGAUCAGCUCAAGCAGCUUGUACCAUGCCUUCUCCUCCUGUCGAUUAUGUCGUCCUUGUCCCAAGCGAAGGCACAACAGUGCAACCGCCCCGGUUCAGAUGAGAACCGAAAGGGCAACUACUCCAUGGACGACACCAACUUCCGAUUCCAUACGAUCGGCAAAGAUUCCGGGUUCCUACGGACGAUGGUUGGCCUGGACUUGCUCCGCAACCUGUCCGACGCCGACGUGAACAACACCGGUGUGUUUUCCAUCUUCGACCUCUGGAUAACUCUCUGGCAAGUUGGCCAGGAGCAGCUGAGCAUCGACGAGGCGUCGUUCAGCAUCACCAUGGUCUAUCAGCCGCUGAUGGACCAGAGCCGUAGUGGCCUCACCUUCCUGAUCCUCUCUUACAGAUUGCUAACAAGUCUCGAAGCGUAUGUGGGGGCAAAUAGCUCCUUAGCGAAGCAACUGGUGGCCAUAGAUAUCUCCAACCCCACAACCCGAAGCGCCUCCGUCUCCGGCAGCUCCUUCUCUGUCCGGAUCGGUGCACUGGCUAACCUCACCACCUCGGGCACGAGGUACAACAAUAGCACCAUGGCUGUCGUCAUCAACAUUGAUCCGGUGGCAGCUGCCAUCUCUAACUAUUCAGUGUGGAUCGACUACGACCGUGUGGGGCAUAGCCUGUCGGUCUACGUGGACGUUGAAGGUAGGCUCAAGCCUGGUAACGCCAUAGCCGAGGUGAACCUUAGGAUCAGCAGCAUCGAUUUCCCAUACGUCCGUUUUGGCCUCCUCUCCACGACCGCGCAGCUGCUUCGUGCCGGAGCCAUAAAAUGCAGUGCAAUAGUCGAGGGCUUACCUCGCUCCUACGAGGAGGACAAAGCAGGUGGAUUACUGUCGAGGAAGGAAACCAUCAUAACCUCCAUCCUCGGGUCCAUAGCCGGCACCGCCGGUAUGGUUGCCGCCGUGGCGUGCUACUUCGGCUCUAGGUACCGGCGGUGGCACAAGGAGCUAGACAAGCUCGCCAGGUCUAUGGAGCGCCUCCCAGCGGUCCCAAAGAAGGUCGACUUCGCUGACAUCUACAAGGCCACCCGCAACUUCCACGAGGACAUGAAGCUUGGUGGAGGUGGGUUCGGUACAGUGUAUAGGUGCACGCUCCCUGCUGCCGCUUCUAAGACGGGGCAACCAAUGGAUGUGGCCAUCAAGAGGUUCACCCGUGACGUGCAGGACCGCCGCUACGACGACUUCCUCGCCGAGGUUAGCAUCAUCAGCCGGUUGCGCCACAAGAACAUCGUCCCCCUCAUCGGCUGGUCUUAUAACAAAGGAGUGCCGCUGCUUGUGUUCGAGUUCAUGAUCAAUGGCAGUUUAGACCAACAUCUCUUCCAUGGAGGCGGUAGUGACACAAGACAGCACCACACCAACAAUGCCAUCAGGCAAUGGGCAAAACGUUACGAGAUUCUCAAGGGCAUAGUCACCGCCUUGCACUAUGUCCACCACGAGUACGAGCCUCUGGUGCUGCACCGUGACAUCAAGGCAAGCAACAUAAUGUUGGACUCGAGCUUCCGCGCUCGCCUCGGCGACUUUGGCUUGGCUUCGACCGUCGCCGUUGAUAGGAACUCCGUCACUGGCAUGGGUGGCACCUGGGGCUACAUCGCACCAGAGUAUCCAGUUUGCCGCAAGGCAACACGACAAACGGACAUCUAUGCACUCGGUGUGCUCAUCCUCGAGGUUGUCACAGGACAACGGGCGCUCGUUGAUCAUCAGGUGGUGGAUGACGAUGACAUCCACAUCACGGAUAGGGUGUGGCGUCUGCAUCGUGAGGGGAGGUUACUGGAGUGCAUGGAUGCCAUGUUGAUCAACGAUUCUUCCCUUGAUGAUGAGGAGCAGCUAGACACUAUCGGCGAUGUGGAAUGCGUGCUGCUCUUGGGCCUAGCGUGUAGCAACCCGAAUCCAUCAGACCGGCCCACCAUGCCUGAAGUGGUGCGUGUCAUCGCCAAGUCAACUCCGCCGCCACAUGUUCCUCCUCAGAAGCCAAUAUUUGUGUGGCCACCGCAGGAAGAGGGGCGUUCAGGGGCCUCCGAUGAUGAUAGCACGGGUACAUCGAUGAUGAAUAAUCUUGACAAGAGUAUGGUAAGCACCACCAGAGGACAUGCCUCAUUUCAACUCCAAGACUCUGUGUACGUCACGGCAAGCAAUUCCUCUGGUCCAUGA